CAGGAAGAACACAGAAGAAGAGUCAGAUCACAACAAUCGUUGAGCAUCGCGUUCUCAGUCGCAGGGGGUUUAAGUGAUCUAUAAAUGGGUGUUCACGGACUUGUGGGAAGCGAGCCCGACACCAUCGACUACUCGGUCCACGAAGCUUGGAAUGAGGCUACGAACGUCUACCUCCUGGUGAUUCUCGUCAGCUUCGGCCUGCUCAUCUACGCUCGAAAGAACAAACGUAAGAUAAUGCGGAUCUUCGCACUCCCUCCUGCGGCCGGCAGCACGCCGGAGCCCAACUUCUACAACAGCCUGCAGAAGGUGCGUCUGCGCCAGCAGCUGGAGAUGUACUCUCUCGCCAGGAAGUAUGAACAGCAACAGCAGCAGCAGCAGCAACAAGGCCAGUCAGACAGUGUGCAACUCUCUAUGGAGUGAGAGGAAGCGACGGACACAGCUUGAGUGAAGAAACUGGACACAUUUAUAUUUUUUUUUCUUCUGUUGUCCCGAGAAAGUGAGCGGUGCUGGCUGCACAGGAGGUUUGGAUUAUUUGAGGCUCAUAUUCCUGCUGCUGAUGACAGUAUAAUCGUCAUGACAUAUAAUGUUCAAGCAGAACAAUAUUCUUAGGCUGUGACAAGUCAGCAAGUCUGUGUCAAAUAAUGAUCCAAACUGAAAACACAGAUUUUAUCAGUUAUUUUCACAUCAGAUUUUGUAUUUGUGUUGUGUAACUACUGGGCAGCAUGCGUCACUCGUAUGUUAUCUUGCAGUAAAGGAGGAACCAUUUAUUUUGAAGAAAAAGAGAAGCAUUUAAACAGAACAAAUCCAGGAACCAUGGCAACAUCAAAGUCCAGUAAUUGCAAUUGAAUCCUGGAUGUCUGUAACAAUUAAUUUUUUUGUGGAUCAAUGGAUCUUCUGUAAAUAUCUCACUUUAGCAGUUUUACCUCUUUGAUUUAUAUUUUAAGUGUUUGCCACCAUUGUGCUCAGAAUAUUUUAGCGGUACAAAAAUGCUCAUUUGUCUGAAAACAUUGUUGAAUAAAUAUUUUCAAA